GCCAUGGUAACGACCGUUCACGAAAGGGAAAUAGGCAUCGCCAUCUUACAGUUCCAGUCUCUAAACUUACGGAGAUCUGAGUGAAAGGAGAAAACGAGGCACCAUUAGCUGUUUGACCUUGUGAUACGCUUUGAGCAGUAUACCGCUGCACCACUUAACUGAAAUUUUUAAAGUGGAAGAAAAAUAUCAGGCUGCUGUCAAACCAGUUCAAACAAUGGGGAGCUUCCCAAGCAAACAGACUAUCGUGACGGUAAGAUUGUAUUUGCUAAAUUUUGCGUCGCUUGAAAUUUUAAUAAUAUCACACAUCUAAGUUAUUGAUUUCGCUACCAAAAUGAAUGUAGUUCAGUAGUCUGGCUCAUUGGAAGACAGCCUUAUGGACCGUCAUAUGCGGCCCGUCAAAAGACUUCUGCUCAGCCGAGUUAAGUCCCAUUUCUGGUCGAUCGCAAACAGAAGAAGAAGAAAAGAAAGAACAACGUAUGGACCUUUAAGACGAUCUUCGCGGUGGGUCACCCAUCCAGUUCGUAAUCCCGACCGACAGGGCUUAACUUGAGCGCCUGAGCAUAAGUUAAAUUUUUCUGGGCGAAACAGCUUCAGGGGGGGAAUUUUCUGUCUAGAAUAUCCGAGUAGAGAAAGUAAAUUGUCAUUUCGUAAACUACAGACUGUCAUUUCGCAAACUACAGAUUUUCAUUUCGCAUACUACAGAUUUUCAUUUCGUUUCGUUCCAUUUCGCUUCGUUUCGUUUCGUUUCACUCCAUUUCGUUUCGCAAACUACAGUAAGCCGUUAUUUGUAAGGAUCGGGUAGGGCCAACGUAUGGUGGUCGGGCAAUCUCGAAAUUUUACCGUUUGCUUUCUAUCUGAUAAGAUUGUGAUUGGUGAUACCAAUAUUACUAGGCCUGUCUCAAUUGUGCUCGGCAGCUUUUGAGCAACUUUUGGCGUUUGAGGCAACUUGUUUGUGGUUCUAGCAACCUCGAGCAAGAAAGCUCUACUGGUAAGCUCAAGAGCGAAAUUCAAUGCACAAAGAAUAUCAGUCUCAUACGUAUACGCGGUGUUAUAAUUUUUGCCGAAUGAAUGACUAAUUGGCGUGGUUUUGCUCACUGGUUCUCGGAAUCCUGAGAGGCCUGAAACGCAGUUGACACAUAAGUAAACACAAGAUAAUACUAAAGGGAAGCUUCAAAGGAAACGUUUAAUGUAAAUUUUGCUCAGUAGCGCUGCGCGCAGUUACUUUCAGUAUAGGCCGAUAUAGGCCCGAAACUCAGACAAACGAACUGAAAUUAACAUUAGCAGGUUCCUCAAUUUUGUCUGACUUUUGUCAUUUAAAUGUAAUGUUUGCCUGUCUUUUGUCAUUCAAAUGAGAAAAAUGACAAAACUCAGACAAAAAAUUCAAAAUAAGUCACUCUGACGUCGUUUGAGCGCUACGCGGUUAUUGAAACAGAAAAUAAUAGACUAAGACCCUGUUUACAUGGAGUGGGGGACCCCGGUCUAGUGGGGUAAGUUUCUUUUGUUUUGUGUCCCCCAGAGCGUGAAAACAAAAGAAACUUACCCCACUAGACCGGGGUCCCCCACUCCAUGUAAACAGGCCCUAAUUCGGCUAACCCAAUGUUGUACCCAAUUCAAACCCUUUGGGAAUAAAACGUUUUGUUUCAGGAAUUUCCAUAUCAUUUAAAUGUGAAUGCCACAUUAUCAUGCAAAUACAAUACACAAAGAAUCUUAUCCCCGGGAGAUUUGAAUUGGGUACAACACUGAGUUAGCCGAAUAGGUCUAUUCUCAUGUAUCGUAUUGUAAUUGAUGCCGUAUGAAUAAUUUAUUAGUAUCCUUGAAUUUUACCCAUAAUUGCGAGCAAGUCAUCAAUUACUGUUAUCAAUUAUUGUUAAGAACAAAAAUAAGGUUAAAAUAUCAAGAAAAUUAGGAAACAAGUCUUGAAAUUAAAGCACUGUAGCAACUGUUUGUAUUUUCAGCAAUUUCAAGAAUUCAUUACUAGUUUUGACCACCGUUAGUGGGGGGCGUCUUAUAUCUUAUUGCGAUGGGUAAAAACAGAUAUAUCCAAAAUUUUGCCAAAAAACUAUAAUAAAUUGUUAUUUUUGCCAAAAUUUUUAUGCAUUUCGGGGGGGUAAUAUCGCAAAAGUGACAAUCCAUGGUUUUAACAACUUGUGCAUUGUCAAGGGUUCUAAUCGCAAAAUGGAAAUUAACAUAGAGUGACAUUCUCGGAAAAACAGAAUGCUUGUGUGACCCGUUGGACUAAUUACCGUAAUAAUUAUUGCGAUUUAGUCAGGGCUAAAAGCGAAGCUCCCAUUAAUAAAUUUAUAAUGACUUUUGAAGGAAAGGCUAACUGAUUUUAGAGGAAAAUAAUUAGGAAGAUUUUAGAAUCAUGUGUAGCAGACAUGAUUGCGAAACAUGUUUUCUCGGACGACGAAACGCUUGUCACAGGCAACCAAUGGGCCUACCGAAAAGGAAGAUCGACAGACCUAUUACUCAUCUACCUGACUGAAACUUGGCGAAGAGCAAUCGAUAACAAAUUACGGUAGUUGUGGGCGCCUUCAGGGACGGACCAUUAGAAAAGUUAUGGGGGGGAGGGGAAUUUUUGAGCCGCAGGAGUUUUUUUUCGUUAUCAAAUUCCUUGUAUGAAUUUUUUUCAGUCCGUAACAUGAAUAUUUUUUAGGAUUAAUUGGCGUGCAUGAAUUUUUUUUUCAUGUAAUUUUCCCUUGCGCGAAUAUUUUUUUUGUACUUCGCCCGACCCACCCCGUAAGUUUUCUAAUGGUCCGUCCCUUAUUCAUAGACUUCCAGAAGGCGUUUGAUUGCGGUCACACUCAACCCUUCUUCACAAGCUAGAGCACAACUUUGGAAUCACGGGAAACUUACUGGCAUGGCUAAGAGAUUAUUUAUCUGAACGGGAACAGUAUAUUGUAAUUAAUGGCAUACCCUCUAAGAAUACCAAAGUUGCACACGGUAUACCACAGGGCUCCGCACUAGGGCCCAACUCUUCGCCUUGUACACAAGCGAUCUACCGAAAGCAAUUAACACUGCAACAACGUUCCUGGUCUGACAAUAGUAAUUCACUAUGGAUGACGAAACAAGAAGAUAUUUUGCUUUGUUACGUUAAUCCGACCCCGGGAGGAUCUGCAUCCAUAGGCGAGACAGAAAGUAGGGGGAUGAAAUCUACUGUAGGUAAAAGGACCGUUACAUUUUCGCCUGUAAUUCUGUUUAAAAUUACGCCCACGUUUCUCCAAAUGAUUUGUUUUGUUUGAGUUUUUAGAGGUAAAGUGUUAUCGUUUUAUGACACCAAGAGAGGACUACUCAUUGACAUCAAUAUUUGAAAACGGUACCGGUGACUUAUAGGUCGAACAGAAAAGCGAAAACAUAAAUGAGGAUUAACAGGGAUAAAAAGGGCGAGAACGUCUGAGACAACGUAAUUUGGAAACUUAAACAAAACUGUUAAUGAAAAUUACAAGCUUGAAAUCUAGAAUUGUAUUUCUAACACAAAGGCUAAUAAUUGCGAAUUGAGUUGAAUACAUUAACAGUUAACUUAACGUAAUUUGGAAACUUGAACAAAACUGUUAAUGAAAAUUACAAGCUUGAAAUCCAGAAUUGUAUUUCUAACACAAAAGCUAAUAAUUGCGAAUUGAGUUGAAUAAAUUAACAGUUAACUUUAAGAGCAACUGUCAAAACAAUGUACUUAAUAACAACAACUGUGUUUGAGCUGAGUGUAGGGUGUUUGGGUUUGGCUGAUGAAGCAGGGACUGGUCGAUGAAGUUGGAAGCUAUUUUCCCACCAUUGACACUUUGGUUAAUUCGGUUCAUCCUGAACAUUUUGAGACUGAAACAAUUUUUAAUUAUUUUUUCCAAUAUGACUUUAACAAGUUUUCCUAGCUCAGCAUUGUCUUGUUGUAAGAUAGGAAGGUACGGAGGUCAAACUGCACGGUAUUACAUUUUCAGCGAAAAAUAAGAUAGCUACAAAGCCAAUAAUCAAGCCUGGUCAUGUCUCUUAGCCCCUUCUACGCAUGAAUGAGCCUUUAGGGGUAUGUGAUCAGCGCUGAAAGAAGUCGAGAAAAAAGUUGGGAAAAAAAGUCGAGAAAAAAGUCGGAAAAAAAGUCGGGGGAAAAAGUCGAGAAAAAAAGCGAAAAGAAACAUGAUUUACUCGCUAAAGGUUUUUUACUUCCUACUUGAUCGACGUCGAUACUUUUUAUUUGUUUCUCAACUGAUUUAUUACGCGUGUUAGCGACGACCAAAAAUACCUCUGCGGUAGCAGCCUAUACGCGUUUAUACGCUAAAUACACGAAAAUUUAAGGGCCCGAUUCCAGAGAAAUUACAUCAUUGCCAGAUAUCGAAAAAGUGAUUUACGUGGCACGUCAUUUCAAUCGCCGAAAUACAUCGCAUGCUCAUCCAAAGCACCCAAACGCGUCGUACUUUUUAUCUUUCUAUCGUCCGAUGCCAUCUCGGCUAUGCAACCCAAGUAUGGUCUCCACAGUCCAUUGGCUUACUAAAACGAGUUGAAUACGUGCAGCGCCGUGUAAAAAAACUAAUUUUGAAGCUUCCCUUCCCUUGCAAUGUAACUUGUAAGACCCGCGUCCAACUAACAAAUCUGUUAUCUAUCUCAUACUGGCAUGAAUUUUUGGAUAUAGUCUUUUUCUAUAAAGCUGUUGAUAACUUAGUUUUCAUAGAUAGUGAUGCUCUACCUGCAACUAGACAAUCAACGAGAUCUACCAGGUCGUCGGGCAGCAAUGCUGUUACUCAUAUCCCUAAGCGAAGUAGAACUGUUACUUAUCAACGCUCAUUUUUCAUACGCGCGUCUCGCGCAUGCAAUGUUCUGCCCGCUGAGUUACGCACAAGUCACAUCUCUCUAGCCUCAUUUAAGCGUUUACUAUUUCAAUAUUACAAUAAGGCGCUGGACCUGUACGACGUUGACGACAUCAGAACCUGGAGAACAAUCUGUCCCAGGUGCAACAUAUAGCGAGGACUCUACUGUGCCCGCCGACGUGCUGCUUCUAGCAAUUUGAACUUCUGUUUUGUUCCUUUUUGAUUUUCUUGUUUAUAUAUCAGUAGCUUUAGUCAUUCUUUUUUUUUCUUUCAACGAUUGUUUUGUUUGUAUUUGUUUUGUUCUUUAAUAAACGAUCCACUGUAAUUGGUUAGGCUGUAGUGGUCUCCCUGCCGAAUAAUUUGUAUGUAUUCAUGUAAAAAGAUUGUAUUCUAGUUAGGCGAAGCUGAAUAAAUAAAUAACUAAAUAAAUAAUGAAAUAAACAAGACUCAUUUGCAUACAGUGGAAGUUUACGACACCCGACCAUCGCAAUUUUACUAAUUAAGACUCUUAUUUUUUUUCGACCACUCAGUAGUGUUCACUUGCUCCAAAGUAAUCAACGCUUUCAAGCGAUAGAAUUCGGCGACCGACACGUUUCGGAAAAGCUCUAAAUUUAAUCUUUCCUAAGCUUUCUUCGUAAAACAUACGUGGCUUCGAUCACGCAAAGAUUCUUACUCCCAUCCCAGUUUCCAAGGUCUCCGCAAGGAACGCCUGGCACAAUGACAUGCCUUUUGUGUCCCAAAAAUUCCGGGGGGGUACUUGCAGAAAAGUUGGGAGGGGGUGUGCGGCACGCUUCUUGAAACCCUUACCCUAUUUCAGACCAAAAUCUGUGAUUUUCCCUUCCCUAUUUCAAGACCUGAUCAAAAAUUUGAUACCCUAUUUCAGGCCUGAAGCCCUGAAGCCCGGCGCCUGACCGGAGCGCGUGACAAGCUGUUACGGCACGUACACGGUAGUUUGCGUAAACAUUAAAAGGGAAAUGGUCUUAUUACCAAAUGCACAGGGUCCAGAGGAGAUGUUUUUGUCGUUAGAACAUCAAAACCCGUCGAAAACCUCUGAAAAAAUGGGUUAUUUUGAUCGAGUUACAGUUUCGUUAGACAUUCAACAGACCGCAAACCAAGAGGCGGAGGGCUCGCAAGAUUGGCUUACAGUAUAAAAUACGGAAAGAGAGCACUUAUACCAGUAUCAACAGGACCACCCUCCUGUAAGAAAUCUUUUAUUUCUCCCUGAAAGCCCCGUGCAAACUUGACAAGUUCCUCAAAACCAACAGCGCACCAUGACAAUUCCAUCAUUUUUUGCUCAGAUGAUUUACCACUUUGGAGAGCACGUUGGUAGGCUUGAUUGGCAACUCCAGCUCCGUUGGUGAGAAAAACAAGAUCAUCACCCAACUCCAACAACAACUUCUGCAAGUCAACAGAUACCAUGCUUGACCUUGCACUUGAGCCAAUGCUCUUCACAAAUGUACAUCUUGCCUUGUAGCUCUCAUACAACGUCUGUAGGGAACCAUCCCCGAGGUCCUCAUCUCCAGCCCAUAUACCUCGCAUACUCUCUCUUAAACCCUUCUGUACAUCACAAGCAUCGGCCUUAAUCCACCAUCGGCCAUUAGGGUUGCUCUGUUUUGCCUGCCUGAGAGCUUCCAUCUAAAAAAGGAAAAAAAUGAAAAGGAACAAGAUGUCUUCUGUCAUUGAACGGGGAGUGUCAAUAAACUAUUGUUUUGUAUUGUAUUGUCUCAGUCUCUAAGUUUCCCCUGUCCUGAUUUCAUCAAAAAGAAUUGAAAUGAUAAGGUUACUCACUGUAAAAUGCUAUUGGAAGGAAAAAAUCUCCAAUUACAACAGCAUGCUUUUGCAGGUGAUCUUAAAAACCCCUAGCAAACAUUUGCUGUGCAGCUAGCGAGCGUUUCCAAUAAAGAUGAGUGAAACAAACCAUAGUGGGCAAGAUGCCAUACAUAAACCUUUUCUACCCUUCUAACAUGGUAAUUGAAUAAUAAUUAACAUGGAUUUUUGUUAAUUAUUAUAUUCGGAAACUACCCUUUUUUGGUCUAUAGUUAUUUAAGUAACUAAACCUUAGGGACGGACCAUUAGAAAAGUCAUGGGGGGCGGGGGGGUCCGAGAAGCAUGAUUUUUUUUUCUUCAAUGUUUCCCUUGGAUGAAUAUUUUUUGUCAAGAUGUUACGCACGAAUAUUUUUUUUCCUUGAAGUAACACUAAACCAAAAAAAUAUUAAAUCAUUCAGUUGUUCACUUAGCCAAGGGCGUAAUUUAAAUAUAGGCUACCUGGGCACGUAUGCGAAAGUAAAUUGAUACAUAUUCUAAGGUACAGUUCACAAUGGCCUUUUCUACACAAGAUAUCCUAUAAGGGUAUAUCUAUGACAAAAUUCAAUAACCUAAAAGUGAAAAGGGUUAAGUCAAAUCUGAAAUAUACCGAGUCAAAGUUGGAAAAAAAAGACCACGGUAAAAGGAAGAAGUACCUGAAAAAAGGCCACUAUCAUAUAUAGGUAUCACUCAGGAAAAGGCAUCACGCUAAAAGGCAGCACGCAAAGAGGCAUCACGCAAAAAGGCAACAUGCAAAAAGGCAUCGCAAAAAGGCAAUUUGCAAAAGGGCAUCACGUGAGAAGUUUACUUAGGAUCCAGGCCUGGACUGUGAGGUGCUUAUUUGGUACCUUAAGCGUGCCCUGAUUGAUACAUUACAACAGGUCCAAAACGGAAUUGACAGCGAUUACAUUUCUUUCCGUCAAUCUGAGGAUGAUCCCACCAUAUGAUCUCACCUCAUAAGGUGAGCAAGACGGAAUGUCACGUUCGAAUACCAUUUUGGUUUGCUUGCAGUAAGUACUAAAUAAUACUGUUUAAGAUUCAGGCCUGGAUCCUAACUAAACUUCUCACGUGAUGCCCUUUUUGCAAAUUGCCCUUUUUGCGAUGCUUUUUUGCGUGUUCGCUUUUUGCGUGAUGCCUCUUUGCGUGUUGCCUUUUUGCGUGUUGGCUCUUUGCGUGAUGCCUUUCUGCGUGUUGGCUCUUUGCGUGUUGCCUUUUCCUGCGUGAUGCCUAUAUGAUAGUGGCUUUUUUAGUAUUUCUUCCAUUUACCGUGGUCUUUUGUCAACCAACUUUGACUCGGUAUAUUUCAGAUUUGACUUAACGCUUUUCACUUUUAGGUUAUUGAAUUUUGUCAUAGAUAUACCCUUAUAAUAUCCUGCAUUGUACGUACAUUGGUACUGCGCAAUUUCAUAUUGCUUUGCUGAAAUCAGGGGCACUCGGCAACGACAAUGCUUGGAAAAUAUCUGUUCGGAAAACGAUUUAAGAUCUAGAAUUUUCGGAACAUUCGUUGUUAAAUUUCUUGCUUGCCUGCCUCUUUUAGGAUUAUGGUGUAAUUGCCCAUUUUUAACUGAUUUUUAUCCUAAAAAAGUCACCUAGAAUUUUUGGGAGCCUUUUUUCUGGCUGAAAUUUUCGAGAAGGUAGGUUUUGAUCCCUAUAAUCCUUUCAGCUAUGAAAUCCGAACAGAUGAAAUUUUUAGGGGAUAAAAUAUGCCUAUAUCAACCGUUUAAAUACUAAAAUACGUUGAACAAACCUGUGUUUAAAUGGUUUUGAACUGUAUUCUCGUUGGGUGCCCCUGUGAAAUUUUACAUGUACUCAGCAUUACCUACAACAAGUCACGGCAGGAAUGUUUCAGGCUCAAACAUGAAAGUUGCCAGUGUUAGUUCAUCACUGGCCACAGAAUAAGGCAUUUUUAUGAUAUUAUACAAAAAGAGGGUAGUCAUAAUAAUAAUAAUUAUAAAGUCUAUUGUGGCGUCCUUAAAGGAUACAUAAAAUAAUGUAUGUCCAACCACUAUAAAAGAUCUGCUGCGAUAUAAACACAGUGAGACAGGAGAACGCCAGUAGGAGUAGAUGGGACAUUUGCUGCACAUUUUUUUAAGUCCCUGGCCUUUAUUGUGCCUCUCCCAUAGUCCAUCAUAGUAAUGCCAGGUGCCAUUGAUGGUUACAGCUCCUCUAUAGUGUAUAAGCUUACAAGCCUCAGAUAUAUUUUUUGUAUCAGAUAUGAUUAUUUACAAGACCAAAAUUCAGCAGGAAGUUUAUUCAAAGAGCUGAUGUUUUGCACACAGUAUGCUUUCCUGUCUGCCUUCCUGAGAUUUGCGCAAAAUGUGUGGAAGGCCAAUGCAGGAAUUUUUUUCCUGGUCUACUCUGCAUGCAUGAAUUUUUUUUCAGUUAUACUCAGCCGCAACGGCCCUCCCCCCCCCCCCCCCCCACCCCCAUAUCUUUUCUAAUGGUAAAGAUGUAUAACAAACCUUCAACGGGUCAAACAUCCAUGGAUUACGAUUUGCAUUAUUUACUCCAGUAGGCCGUAUGGAAUGAAGCCUCUCCAUUUCCUGAGGAGGCAAGAGGCCCAAUUCCACUUCUUGCCUCUCAAUAUUGGAUGCGUGAGUCCAUAAGUGUGAGAGGUGUGCCACUUGUCCACCAUCUGAUGGCUCUGGUGAUGAAAUGACAUUCUCCUCGACAAGAGGAGAGAGAGAUUGGUCUUCUUCAAUCGCUACAGAUGAACUAUUUUGCUGAUUAGGAUACUCAGCAGAUGUCUUACUGCAACCGCUCAUGGUGGAGGACAGUUCUAGAGAAACACUGCUUUCCUCUAAAUCCAGACUAAGUGAUGACUGCUGCAAUGCACUCUGGAUAAUAUCAAUUUCUUCCUCAUUGUCAGCUCCGCUGCUGUGAUCCAACUUAUUUUGUACAGAUUGCACUGGCAUAGGAUCUUCAUCAUACUGCUCAGCUGGUCCUCUGUGGAGACACAGCCAUUUCUGGCCAAACUGGGAAAACAUGGUCUGAAGCCAAGAAGAGUAAUGCUUCUCCAUACCAAGUUUCUGGGUUUUGCUGCUAGCAAAGAAUCGGAUGUUAUAAUCGAUUAAGCCAAAAGGCAUUCUGUCUAAGGGCAUUCGCGUAGUUAAACCAUUGAAGCAUCUAAUUAGGUCAUAAAUCAGAUUGUGUUUUUUGUUCUGUAAACAACGUUUUCAUUGCACCCAAGCUUACAUUUAGAAAAUCACUGUUCACGGAUUUAAAAAAAUCAUUUCCAUGGUCUUGCAAAACUGACAAUUUGAAAAUGUGUUGCAAUAAUUGAGUCCUCAGCCUUGAUGACAGGGAACUUUUAAAGUACAUGAGAAACUGCCUCACCACAUCACCAACACUUUGCUCUGCACCUUUACUUGGUGAACAACUGAAAAUAGGUGACAGGCAGGCAUCGUCCACUAACACAGUUUUCUGUGGGGUGCUUCUGGCCCUUUCUUCAAAAACGCUGCUUUCUUCAAAUGCAACAGAGCUCCUAACAUAGACAAUUUGUAGUGCCUCCUCAACCUCUGAAAGGGUUUUGAACUCCUUAGCCAAGAACUUUGUAACCCUGGUGCAACAGGAUCAACCUUUUGAGUAAGAGAAAGAAAUAAGGAGCAAUUUUUACAAGAUACCUUUUUACUCUCCCAUACAGAAGUUUUAAAAAAAUAAUAAUAUUGAUUUCAAACUAAAAAGGUCAUAGGGGGAAAGACACUGACUUAUGUCUCUCUCUCUUUCAAGGAGUAGAGACUGAGCAAACAAUUAUAAUCAAUCACAGUUGACAAACCUGUACGGGAAGAUUUGCACACCUUAUUUACAUACACUGAGCAGGCCUUCCAGAACUCGGGAUCUUCUCCUGUUGGCCAUUUAUCGGUCCACUUAUUUUCUGAAUAAAGAAAGAUAUACUGAACGAGAGCAGUCGUUUCUUCAUCAGUCCAUUUUUGGAUACUUGAAGCACUUUUACGUCUGUCACUUUCUUGGAAAAGACUCUUCCGCGAGGUUCCUUGUGUCGACGGUCGUUUGCUUGCGGUCUUGCCUGGCGUGUUUCCUUCCGGAACAAAUGGUCUUUUGGCCGCCAUGAUACCUCAAAGUAAAGGUCAAAAAAACACAUACGCGACGGGGCGCGUUUGGGAGCGAUAACUUCUAGCUGUAGAGGAAAGGUAGAAGUACCAUUCUGAUUACUUUUUUGAUCACAAACCAACACCGUUAAAAAAAUUGAGGCUAAAAAAGAAUGGUCUCAAAUUUCAUCUUGAAAAAGCGUGAAGCGUUUGAGGUUUGUAACAGAGUGAAAAUUGAACAAAUUGAUCUUAAAAUGCCUCAGCCCUGUUGCGCCAGCGAGGGUACGGCUUGCGGUUAUUACAGCGGUUACCACUAACACGCGCCCUCGAAGGGUUUUUUCUUCGGUUCAAACCUGCGUUUUGGUGGACGUCAAUCAACCCAUGGUUUUUUACGCGUUGGCCUAGAGAAGAUUCUUUCUCCGUUUCUUGAGCACUCGGAAGAAUAUGUCGGCGUUUCAGCCGUUUUUGCAUUAUUUUGCUGCAGGAUCUGACACCGCUUCAUGUCAAGAUUACGAGGAGAAAGAAUUUGCUGAGUGUUUCUCGGAGGAAACUCAAAUUACAUAUAUCGACAUAUUUACACACUGUAAGUUACAACCACAUAAGCUUUCUCAAUCACUCGCAACUCGUCUGAGUUCUUACUAGUUCUGGUUUCUCUUCGAUAACAUGAAGAAUGAUAAGUAGUAAAAUUCAUUUUCGAAAACAGCCUCCAUUCAGAGGAAACUUUUUCCCUUUUCGGUGUGAUAUCUUUUGUUUCUUUGAAUUUAUACUAGCUUUGCUUCUUGGCAAUUCAGUCGUCCACGGCUCCCGUAUUUUCAUACAUCAAAUAAAUAAACAACCUGAAAACCGUUAGGUAAACUAUAGAGAAUGUUUCGGCUAUUUCAUUCAGCUCGCAGAGACCUCGUUGUUUUAACAAUGCAAUCCUUCAUCUUAAUAAAAUAAUUUAAAAAGCCGUCGUCGUUUGAAAUUAUUCGCCGUUCGUUCUGUGAUGAGGAACCUUGUUUGUCAGAGCGCGUGGGAAACCAUGGAACAGUUGAUUGACGUCUACGAAAACUCAGGUUUAAACAGACAGAAAAAAACCCUUUAAAGGCGCGUGUUAGUGGUAACUGCUGUAAUUUUCAAAAUGGCGAACAACAGAGUCGAUCUGGGUCAGAUAAGAAGCGUUGAAAUCGUUUACAGUAGAUUCAUAAAGAUCCCAUUGGGCUAAUUAAUCGUGCUAAACGACAGGUAUAGACAUCUUUCAAGGUGAGACUUUAAAUAUGGACCCUGUGCCGAAUGAUGAAGAAGUAGCUAAUGCUCCUAAAAACAUACCCAAUUCAAGACUAGAGUGCACAAACCAUACCCUAUUUCAGACCAAAAUGGUCGAAAUUGAUACCCAGUUUCAGACCAAAACAGCUAAAAAAGACAUACCUUUUGGCGCGGCACAUACCUGUAUAGCCUAUAUAAGGGACUAACCCCCCCCCACCCCCCGGAGGGGGGGCGAAAAACGCGUUGCAGAUUAUGAGUCUCGCUGCUUACGCAAGCGACACUAAGGGUGUGUUCCUUUCGGUGAAUCCAAAAACGGAUUUUAGAUCUAAGAACGGAUUUCGCGUUCCUUUCGGCAAAUUCAAAUCCGGAUUUUUGAUCUGUUGAAUCCUUUUUGAAAAAGGAUUCAUUGGAUUUGAAAUCCGAAGAAUCCAAAUCCAGAUUAACGGAUUAGUGAUCUACGCUGUUCCAUUCACAGUGGAUCCGAAAUUAGUCAGAUGAUCCAGCGGUAUUUCCAGUUGAAGUAUUCAUAGAGGCCGUAGAGUUUUCUCGUUGCUGUCAUUUGCCGCAAAACAUCUGAAAACUUUAGAAGAUUGUUCCUGGUACAUUACAAUAUCCAUAAACUAACCAUUUGUCUCUAAAGAUUGCUUGAAAUCAGAAAUAAGUAAAAGUAACAAAUGAACUGCUAUCUAACCACAAACUCGCUUGUAGACGCGACAGGCACUCGAUCGUGUUACAUAAAAAAAUCCGAGCUAUGGAACUGGAUCAAACUGGCCGACAUUCUUUAGAUAAUUUUCAAUUUUAAUGCGCUUCUUUCUUUGUCUGUUUUGUAUGUUCCAUCGUCGCUAUUCGAACUGCCGACCACUAAAUUCUGCACGGUAUAAUCGCAUAAUUUGUCAAACAGUAGAAAACACGUCAGUUUUUGAGAGGCUGUCGUGCAUAUUGCACGCGUUGGCGAAAGGUUACCAAGGUUACAAAUCCAAUUUUGGAUUUCACGUUCCUUUCGACCGCAAAAUCUGGCAAAUCUAAGAUCAAAAAUCCGUUUUUGGAUUCGCCGAAAGGAACACACCCUUAAAAAGGCUUUUGGCGGAAACAAUUUAGAUCACGUUCUUUUUUUUAUCCUCCUAAAAGCUAUCUAUAGACAAAAAAUGAAACAACUCUUGCCGCUCAAUGCUCGAUAUUUCCAGACCGUCCCUCUUAAAUGAAGUAUCAGAAAAUAUGUCACAUAGUUUCAGUGAUACUGUGAAAAAUGUGGCUUGAAAGGUGACUAUUAUCUUCUUUUAAUCUACUACCAACAGCUCCUUUUCAUUUAAAUAUGAAAUCGAAGCUGCAUGAAAAUGGCUAGAUAUCAGCUUAGCCCUGGAAUUUUUCGUAAAAAAUUGAGACAAUUGACUUUUUUCUCUAUCACGCAAUCAAAAUAAAAUUACAAACCAUUCAAUACAGAAAGUCCAGCAUCUAGGAAAUAAAAGAAGAUAAAUAUGCAAAAGGCCUCACCAAGAAUCAGGUCUGUGCGAUAUUUUAUAUGCGAGGCCAUUCGGAAAAACGGUUUACCCAAAUUUAUAAAGCUUUGUAUGGAGACGCCAUGUUGAGGGGCACAAAUAUGGCCGCCGGAAACCAGCAGAAACAUCUGUUUUUUGAAUUUUCCUACUAAUGCGUGAAUUCAUUGCUUGAAAACUCAAAAAGGAUUAAAGUGAUAUUUAUUCUGAGACAAGGAAUGUUUAGAUAGCAAACUUCUCUCAAAACUGGUAAUGUUUUUAACCGACAUAAGACCCUUCCCGGCCGCCAGCUAAAUGCCGCGUCACAAGGCAAGCAAGAAAUUUUACAACAAAUGUUCCGAAAAUCCUAGAUCUCAAAUCGUCUUCCGAACAGAUAUUUUUCCGAAAAUUCUCGUUGGGUGCCCCUGUUCUGAUUGGAACGGGACAACACCUUCAGAAAUUCAGUAACAUCAGUACCUUAAUUAUCGGUCGGUUACUCCCAAAUUGCUCCAUCAUGUAAAGUUCGAAACCUAGGAACCUAGUGUGAUUCGAAAAUGAGUGUGAGUAAAUGAGUAAGUCAUAUCAACAGAACUUGCUCAUCUGCUUCUAUUAUCUUUAUAACAUGCGUAGAGUGAAAUAUUUAAGUUGUUCAGUCAGCCGAAUCAUUAGUUCAUGCUUUUAUAACCAGUAGAGUAGAUUAUUGUAACAGUCUACUAUAUGGCCUCCCGAAUUCACAUAUCACGAAACUCCAACGGAUACAGAAUGCCGCAGCUCGGUUGGUCACCGGACACCAAGAUUCUGCCAUGUUACACCAUUGCUUUUCCACCUUCAUUGGCUUCCGAUAAGUUACCGCAUUAAAUUUAAAUUUCUUCUUUUGACUUUUAAGUGCUUAUAUGGUCAAGCUCUUAAUUAUUUAAUUGACUUAAUAAUUACUAUCAAAAAGCAAUCCAGGUACUCUCUAAGGUCAAAUGAGUCCAUGUUCCUCGAGUUACUUGGCAUUAAGACCGGAACCAUACCUUCAGCAAUUCGCAACAUAAAGACAUUGAACACUUUUAAGGCUGUUGUUAAAACUCUUUUUUUUUUUUUUAAUUUAGCUUUUAAAUAGAUUUAUUUGUUGGUUUUUAUUGUAGUUUUUAAUAGUUUUUAAUAGCUUUUAUUGUAGUUGUUUUAACAGUUUAUUACGCUUUAUAUAAUUAGUCAGCUUUAACGUAAAUUUAAUAUAACAAUAUUGUAAGAGCAACCGAAUAUAAUCAUAUAGAGGUUUGCGCUAUAUAAAUGUAAAUUAUGAUUAAAGGAUAUUUACAAAAAUUGAUCACAACAUUAACACUAGAAACAAUGGGUGUUCACUAAAACUUCCCAAAGCCAAAUUAGAAUUUGCACGGAGAAGUUUUGCCUUUCAAGGGGCUCUAGUUUACAAUACUUUACCUUUGCAUUUGAGAAAUUUAAAUUCUAGGUUUCUUUGUAAGAGUAAUUUAAAAGAGUUUUUUCAAUAGUAUUCCAUACUUCAGAACUCUUUUCAGUCUUAUAAGUCAAUAUUUUUUACAGAUUUUGAUUUUUGAAUCUUAGAUUUCUUAGUGUUAUUUUAUUGAACUAUCAUGAUUAUUAUGAUAUUGCCAACUUUUUUAACGAGCAUUUCGCCAAUAU